GGCGUCAACCUUGCCCAGGUAGGUACAUAUGAGGCCAAUGGGGAUUGAACCCACGACCUCCUGAAUGCCACUUGCGUGCCUUAGCAACUGAGCUACCGGUAGGCCGCUGCAUUCACCUGCAUGUUCUGUAUUACCAAUCAAUCUGUCAUUCCCUCUUGCACAGAAAGAAUCCAAUACUGGCGGCGGCAAUGCGCGCCACAUCACAAAGCUUCCACGUGGCUGAUGACAUCCCGACGGGCAACGACAUAUCGAUGACAUGGUGGCGAUGGCGACGGCUUCUGGAGGCGCUGCUGUGUCACUAGAAAGUUGAGGUUCCACGUGGCCGAUGACAGGGAUCCCGACGGGGACACGACUGGACGAUGAAGACCUGGUGGCCACGGCGGCAGCAGCAUCUGGAGGCACUGAUGUGUCACAUACAAAAUUUUCCACGUGGCCGAUGACAAGGAUCCCGACCGGGACACGUCUGAACGCUGAGGUGGUGGCGAUGGCGGCGAGAGUGCCCAUGACAGGUAUCCCGACGACGACAAGACUGGACGAUGACGACCUGGUGGCCAUGGCGGCGGCGGCGGCGGCUUCAGGAGGCACUGAUGUGUCACAUACAAAAUUUUCCACGUGGCCGAUGACAAGGAUUCCUGAUCGGGACACUUUCCACGUGGCCGAUGACGGGAUCCCGACGGGGACACGACUGGACGGCGGCGUGGUGGUGGUGGCGAUGGCGGCGGCGGCCUCUAGAGGCGCUGCUGAUAGGCGUACGGCACGACGUUUUGUUUGUUUACCCCAUGCACGCUGUGUGAUGGAUGGGGAUUUGACGAUGAUGACUUUCCUCCAUGGACAUAUCUCAUACCACAUCAUGACAAUCAUGACAAUCAUGAUGAUGAUGAUGAUGACAAUCAUGAUGAUGAUGACGACAAUCAUGAUGAUGGCGACGAUAGUCGGUGAUGAUGGUGAUGAUGGUGAUGAUGGUGAUGAUGGUGAUGAUGGUGAUGAUGGUGAUGAUGGUGAUGAUGGUGAUGAUGGUGAUGAUGACGGUGGGUGGGCUAGAGUUGGCGCCAUCUCCAAAGCGUUUUCAUGACUCUGUUCCAAAGAUAGGUCGAGGUGGUAGGGACGGUCAUUUAGGGGAUUGCCCUUCUAACAGGAAAUCAACUUAUUCCUGCCCC